AUGGCAAGACUGGGACAAAAGAAAGGCCAGAAUCGUAGUAGUUCAUCAAUCGCUAGAACCGCACAUGGUCUCAAAAAUAAUGUAGCCCGAUUCCCGAAGCGCGGCGGACGACCUACCAAGGCAGUAAACGGGAUAACUCCAGAUGUCUACGACUACCAACCGACUAAGAACCGUCGUAGUAAUGUUUCCCUCGCGUUGGAUGAAGAUGAACUUCGUGGAGGAAGAUACGAGGAUGACGAUGAAGAGGAGGAGGAGGAUGGGAGCUCUCGGAGGCGACCUCGCUUGAUCGGCGAAGGAGCAGAUGACGAACGCAUAGACAGCGACGAGGACGACGAGAUUGAUUCUGACGUUGCUUUCGGUGGCAGUGACGAGGAACAGUUCGCCGGAUCGAACUUCGACAAGAAGGCUCAACCUAAGGCUAAGAGAACUAAAUUUAAUAAACAAAGGAGCGUAAGAUUUGCAGAAGUCGACCUUGACGAAGGCGAUGCACAAGAUGGUGCUAUGUCUGACGUUGCACCACGAGCUUCUGAAGGUGAAAGUGAAGAGGAAGAGGAAGAAGAGGAAGACGGAGAGUUCUUCGACGUUUUAGACAUUCUAGAUGGACGCGCAGAACCGGACUUGGAAGGGGAUAAUGAACUCGUGAAGUCGACGGAACACUUGCCAAGUUUGGUGCACGACAGCAAUGACGCUCGCAUGGCCAAUUCUGACGAGGACGAAGACGUCGAAGAGGAUGGAGAAGAAACAGGAGAGGAAGAAGAGGACGAAGCAGAGGAAAAUGCAUCUAUUUCCGGCUCUGACGAAGAUGAAGCAGACGACUCUGCUCUCGUUGCUCUUGGAAAAUUGGUCUCGGGACUGGAGUCUGGGAUAAAGCGAAAAGCUGAAGAUGAUACGGAAGACGCUAAUGAGGAUGCCGCAGCGAAGCAAAUGAAGAAGAAAAAGCGUCUGUUGAAAGACCGCACAGAGAGUGGAUUCGAGACGGAAUUUGGUGCUGGCGCUGCUGGCUCAUCUAAGCUCAGUUUGGAUGACCUCUUGACGCCGUUAGCUUCAAGACAAGGUGCUCUCGCCUCACUAAAGAAGUCAAUGAAGCCACUUGCAAGUUCUUCAGACCCAAAGAACCAACCAUUACCAGCUCCUCUUCCUAUUAGAACUCAGGAGAGGCUGGAUCGUGAGGCUGCCUACGAGCAAACCAAGCAGGAGGUUGAUAAAUGGACUGAUACAAUGAAGAGGAUUCAAGAGGCUGAACACUUGAGCUUCCCCUUACAAGGGCCUCGGCUUGUUAAGACCUCAAAUCUUGAAUUAACAGCCAAAUUCAAGCCUACGACGGAGUUAGAAAGCUCAAUCGACCGACUUCUAAGAUCGGCCAAGCUGCGCGAGGAAGAUAUCAAUAAAACGGAGGACCUGAUGAUGAAGAAUCUCUCCGUGGAGGAAGUCGCAGAACGUAGAGCGGAACUACGAAAAAUGCGGGAACUCGCAUUCCGUGCGGAUGCAAAAGCGAAACGAGUGGCAAAGAUUAAAAGCAAAGCCUAUCGUCGCAUACAUAAGAAGGAGCGUGCAAAACUACUUGCUAAACUCGAUGCUUCUGCUGUCCAAGACGACGGAGAUGCAGAGGAAGCGAGGUUGAAAGCAGAAACGGAGAGGGCACGUGAGCGUGCGACGCUUAAACACAAAAACACUGGAAAGUGGGCGAAAGCAAUGAAGGCGAGGGGAGAAUUGGAUGAGGAUCAGCGAAGAGACAUAAAUGAAAUGCUAGAGAAGGGCGAACGACUGCGGAGACGAAUACAAGGGAUUGAAAGCGAUGCCGAAGAUGGUUCUAGCAGCGACAGUUCGGAAAUGGAGGGUGACGAUGGCGUAUUACGAAUAAAAGCGAAUGCCUUCGAGGAACUGCGGGAGAUCCGAGAAAAAAAGGACGACGAGAACGAGGGCGCCGAUGAGAAGCAGCAGGCAAAGAAUGUUUUCCAGAUGAAAUUCAUGAAGGAUGCAGCUGCUCGCAAAAACGCCGAAAUCGAGCGAGAUAUUGAUGACUUCCGGAGACAAAUGGGGGAUUUACCAGUGGACAGUGAUAAUGAGGAAGGAGACGACGUGGAUGAUCCCGAAAAUCCCGCGCCAGUUGAACGUGUUAACGGUCGUAUGGUUUUCCGACCCACUCCUCAGACUCAGCCCUCCCUAAUGCUCCCACCUCCUCCUUCGGCCAUCUCGGAAACUUCUACUCUCAGAUCCCACGAUUCUAUUACUCAUUCGCCAGUACUUACCAUCAACGAGGACCGACACUCCGUACCACCUCCCGCGUCAACUUCUGUUGCGCCAACCCCAGCUUCCGAACUCCCAAAUCCCUGGUUAUCCGAAUCCCCCUCCACUUUGAAAGUUGCCAAGCGAAAAAACGAGCUUAUCGUCGGCAAGAAUGUAACACGAGCACAGAAAUCCGAGGCCUCCACGAUGAAGCAGUUGAAGAAGAGUACAGAAGAGCGUCAACUAGUGCAGGACGAUGCGGUUGUGGAAAUCGUCGUUGAUGAUGCUCUAAUGCUGAAGAACACUGAAAAUUCUGGCAACGCUGCCAAAGCCGUUGCUAGUAAUGUAACUAGUGAGGGUAAGAAGAAGGACAAGAAGGAGAAAAAGAAGAAAAAGGAUAAAGGAAAGGCCAAGGCAGUUCAAGGGCCGGAAGAGGAAGACUCAGAGGCAAAUAGCGAAGUAGAAGAGCAGGAGGCUGCUCUAAAGAAGGGAAGUAAAGUAGCGGCAUUCGAACAGCGGGAACUCGUCGCUAGAGCAUUCGCGGGUGACAAUGUUGUACGGGAGUUUGAGGAGGAAAAGCGAAGAGAGACCGAAGCAGAUGCACCGCAAGAAGUGGAUACGACGCUUGCAGGCUGGGGUUCCUGGGGCGGGGCAGGUCUUAAAAAGACAGCACCUAAGCCUCACCUAAUCAAGAAAGUGGCAGGCAUUGAUCCCAAGUCUCGGGCGGAUUACGGAAAGGCGCAUGUAAUCAUAUCCGAACGCCGUGAUAAAAAGGCAUUGAAAUUUGCGGUGAAGGACUUGCCAUACCCGUACACGAGUAAAGCGCAGUUUGAAGCACGAAUGAGUACGCCAUUGGGUGCAGAAUGGAACACUCGACUCGGUUUCCAACGGGGUACUUUGCCGCGGGUAGUCAAGAAGAUGGGUACGAUUAUCGAUCCAUUGGAGAAGCUCUAAGCGCGAGAUGUACGCACUAGUCCCUGAACCAGUUCAGCGGACUUCGACCCACAAUCACUGCACUCAUUUAACAGUUACGGCCGCCAUUUUUUCACUAACACAAUUAUCUACAUCCUAGUAAAGUUUACAAGCACGUCACCUGUUUAUUUGCCCUUUUUUUCGGACUUCUUGCGUGUUUCUUCAUUUUUAUGUCGUCGUAAUUCCGAUGCCAAAAUUUUGUCUUUGUUUCACGUGGAGAUUAUAUCGG